GCCCCGGCCGGGCGUGGAUGGAGGGCGCCGCGCGCCCUGCCCGCUGCUCGGCGUGACGCGGGCCCCGCGCCCACCAUGUCCUACCCGCAGGGCUACCUGUACCAGGCGCCCGGCUCGCUGGCGCUAUAUUCUUGCCCGGCGUACGGCGCAUCGGCUCUGGCAGCGCCGCGCAGCGAGGAGCUGGCGCGCUCCGCGUCGGGCUCCGCGUUCAGCCCUUACCCGGGCUCGGCGGCCUUCACCGCGCAAGCAGCCACCGGCUUCGGCAGCCCGCUGCAGUACUCGGCCGACGCUGCCGCCGCCGCAGGCUUCCCGUCUUACAUGGGCGCGCCCUACGACGCGCACACAACUGGGAUGACGGGUGCCAUCAGCUACCACCCGUACGGCAGUGCGGCCUACCCAUACCAACUCAACGAUCCGGCGUACCGCAAGAACGCCACGCGCGAUGCCACGGCCACGCUCAAGGCCUGGCUCAACGAGCACCGCAAGAACCCGUACCCCACCAAGGGUGAGAAGAUCAUGCUGGCGAUUAUCACCAAGAUGACCCUCACGCAGGUGUCCACCUGGUUCGCCAACGCGCGCCGGCGCCUCAAGAAGGAGAACAAGAUGACGUGGGCCCCGAGGAACAAAAGCGAGGACGAGGAUGAGGAUGAAGGUGACGCCUCCAGGAGCAAGGAGAGUCCAGACAAGGCGCAGGAGGGCACAGAGACUUCGGCUGAGGACGAAGGGAUCAGCCUGCAUGUCGACUCACUCACGGAUCACUCGUGCUCAGCCGAGUCAGAUGGGGAGAAGCUGCCUUGCCGUGCCGGGGACCCCCUGUGCGAAUCCGGCUCGGAGUGCAAGGAUAAGUACGACGACCUGGAGGAUGACGAGGACGACGAGGAGGAUGGCGAGCGGGACCUGCCGCCGCCCAAGGCCGUGACCUCCUCACCGCUCACCGGCGUGGAGGCGCCACUGCUGAGCCCCCCGCCCGAGGCCGCGCCACGCGGCGGCGGCAAGACGCCCCUGGGCAGCCGGACGUCGCCGGGCGCGCCACAGCCCGCCAGCAAGCCCAAGCUGUGGUCUCUGGCCGAGAUCGCCACGUCGGACCUCAAGCAGCCGAGCCUGGGCCCGGGCUGCGCGCCGCCAGGGCUGCCGGCGGCCGCCGCGCCCGCCUCGUCCGGAGCACCGCCGGGUGGGUCGCCCUACUCCGCGUCGCCGCUACUCGGCCGCCACCUCUACUACACGUCGCCCUUCUACGGCAACUACACAAACUACGGGAACUUGAACGCGGCGCUGCAGGGGCAGGGGCUCCUGCGAUACAACACCGCAGCCGCGGGCCCCGGAGAAGCGUUGCAUACGGCGCCCAAGGCGGCCAGCGACGCGGGCAAGGCGGGCACACACCCGCUGGAGCCCCACUACCGGCCCCCGGGCGGCGGCUACGAGCCCAAGAAAGAUGCCAGUGAGGGCUGCACCGUGGUCGGUGGGGGCGUCCAGCCCUACCUAUAGAGGGCCGAGCACAGCAAUGCAAGUAGGUGUCACAAUUGCUUUGGAAAAAAAGUCAGCAGGCCAUUCUCUCUUCCCCAGUUCAUAAAUAUACAGAUACUAUAAAAAGCCGCUCUCAACUCCCACCGCAUCUCGUGCCACUGUAAAAGAAGGAGCCACAGAGCACUGUCAACCCACAAUCUAACGGAACAGACUUUUGUUGGAUAUCCGUGAAUUUGUUGGCAUAGUAUAGCUUCCCCAAUGUAUGUGUGACUUUUGAAAACAAUCUUUUUUCUCAGGAUAUCUUGAAUUGAUCACUUCAUUGCCACGGUAUAUAUUCUAUAGGUGUGAUAGGAUUUACUGUAAAAUUUAUUUGUAAAAGAUGUACACAGUAGAAAUAAAACGUGAUUGAAGAACUUGAGUACUUAAGAAGUGGAAACAAAUUUGAUAUUUAUUUUUAUAAUGAUAUAAAGCUUCUAGUAAUUUAUGCAAGUUGUAUUGCAAUGGAAUCUAAACUUUUUGUAAAUAAAUUCUGCCUGGUUUUUAUUUGAACAUUGCUGGUUAUACAAUCUUUGUUGGUUGUUUAACAAUAAUUCUUUACUAAUUUAUAUCUUAAAUUGUAAAUAAAAACAGACUAGACUACAAUAA